UAACCGGAAGCCUUACAGCGGACUUGGUUGUAGCAUGUCAGACUGAGUCAGUCGACUAGGGGAGCGCCAGCCAGCAGGUCCUGACUGUUGGUGUGGAUAUGAGAGGAAGUCAGAUGUGUUAACGUGGUAGUCAGCCGGUGUACAGGCCACUGUACAACAGCAUCCAUCUGAGCGGGACUGCCCGACCGGCCCGGUGGCUGCUGUCGCUACCUAACUGGCUAGCUAGCUCGCUAACCUCCACCCGCUAACUUCACCAGUUUACGGCGGUUUAAGGGAGGAACAGCGUGGAGAAAGCGGGGCCUCCGGCAACUACGACUCGGUUUCCAGCUGCCCCGGAGAGCUUAACAUCCCGGUUUAUUUUCCGGAGCAACAUCCUGCUGAAAUGGACAACCUAAGUGAAGCCCUGGAGAAGCUGAAGCUAGCAUCUACAGACAGCGCCACUGACAGUGUGGAGAGCUGUCUGGACUGCCUGCUGAAAGCACUUGCCAACAACAACACUGAGGCCAGUGUGAAGAUCCAGGAGAUGGGCAUUCUUCCCCUGCUCCCCACCCUGCUAAACCCUCAGUCCUCCUGCACCCCUAAAGUAGCCAACAUCAUAGCUGAGGUGGCCAAAAAUGAGUUCAUGCGGAGUCCCUGUGUCGAAGCCGGCCUCAUUCCUCCUCUAAUUCAGCUGUUAAACUCCACCGACCAGGAGGUUUUACUGCAGACCGGCCGAGCUCUUGGCAACAUCUGUUAUGACAGCCAUGAGGGCAGGAGUGCAGUUGACCUGGCAGGAGGGGCUCAGAUAGUAGCUGAACACAUAAAAUCCCUCUCCCAAAAUACUGAGCCGGAAAAUGAGAAGCUCUUGACUGUCUUUUGUGGCAUGCUGAUGAACUAUAGCAAUGAUAAUGAUUCCUUACAAGCUCAGCUGAUCAAUAUGGGUGUGAUUCCUACUCUGGUAAAGCUUCUGGGCAUCCAUUCCCACAACACAGCCCUGACAGAAAUGUGUCUAAUUGCCUUUGGGAAUUUGGCUGAGCUUGAGUCCAGCAAAGAGCAGUUUGCCUCCACCAAUAUUGCUGAGGAGCUGGUGCGUCUGUUCCAGAAGCAGACAGAGCAUGAGAAGAAGGAAAUGAUUUUUGAGGUUCUGGCUCCCCUUGCAGAAAAUGAUGUGAUAAAGCUCCAGCUGGUGGAGGCGGGCUUGGUGGAGUGUCUCCUGGAAGUGGUGGCUCAGACUGUGGACGGAGAGAGGGAGGAGGACAUUGCCCAGCUCAAGACUGCCUCAGACCUCAUGGUUCUACUCCUGCUGGGAGAUGAGUCCAUGCAGAAGCUGUUUGAGGGAGGAAAAGGCAGCGUCUUCCAGAGGGUCCUGUCCUGGAUACCAUCUCAUAACCAUCAGCUGCAGCUUGCUGGGGCUCUGGCCAUAGCUAACUUUGCUCGCAAUGAUGGGAAUUGCAUCCACAUGGUGGACACUGGUAUUGUGCAAAAGCUUUUGGAGCUGUUGGAUCGGCACGUUGAGGAAGGCAACGUCACUGUCCAGCAUGCAGCACUGAGCGCCCUGCGGAACCUGGCCAUACCUGUGGUAAACAAAUCCAAGAUGCUGUCCGCUGGAGUAGCAGACGUGGUGUUGAAGUUUCUGCAAUCAGAGAUGCCUCCAGUCCAGUUUAAACUCCUGGGGACGUUACGUAUGCUCAUCGACACACAGGCUGAAGCUGCAGACCAGCUGGGAACUAAUGGGAAACUGGUGGAGAGGCUAGUGGAGUGGUGUGAAGCCAAAGAUCACGCGGGAGUGAUGGGCGAGUCCAACAGGCUCCUGUCAGCCCUCAUUCGACACAGCAAGUCCAAGGAAGUCGUCAGAACUGUCAUCCAGGGAGGAGGAGUCAAGCACUUAGUUACCAUGGCAACUAGUGAGCACAUGAUUAUGCAGAAUGAAGCACUGGUGGCUCUGGGUCUCAUAGCAGCGCUGGAUUUAGUUGCAGCUGAGAAGGACUUUGUUGGAGCCAACCUAGUGUCAGUGCUUCACAAGCUGCUGUCAGACGAGAGGAGCGCACCAGAGAUCAAGUACAACUCUAUGAUCCUCAUCUGUGCAGUCAUGGGUUCAGAGCCUCUCCACAAAGAGGUCCAGAGCCUGGCAUUCAUUGACGUGGUGUCCAAGCUGAGGGCCCACGAAAACAAAACGGUAUCACACCAGGCAUCGCUCACAGAGCAGCGAUUAACUGCCCAGAGCUAAAUGACUGUGUCCAACCCCACCCACACCCAUCCACCCAAAAUGCCUGCCUGACCACGUGAUCACCCAAUGACACCUCAUGACUGCUCUCCCCUGUGCCCCAUCGUCAUGUGCCAAGGUACCAUGUCGCGUUAACUGCCAGCCAGACAUAGUCAUGUCUCUACCCCAACGCUCCGCCCCACCCCGCCCACCUCCGCUAGGGUUAGACUGAUGUCGUUUUAGAGCGCCAAUACUCUGUGCUUAUAUAAAAAUCAUAAAAUCUGAGCAUUUUCUAAUAUCAUUUAUAUUUUCAAUCACUGGGAUUGAAUCCUUGUUAGGAUGAAAAAAGCCUCUGAAACUGUUUUUAGACUUCUGUGGGACACCAAAACUCUCCUCUGAAAGCCAUAAUAAUGACAUUUAUUUAGGUGGGUGUCAGGUCCUGAUGGCAGGAAGAGGCACAUUUCAUUUCAGACUUUACAAACCAACACCCCUUAAAUGGUCAGUGGAGUGAUUUGUCUCAAGCUGGACACCAUAUAUAAACUGAUACAUCAGUCUAACCCUGGUCCCCACCUCUACUUGUGCAUGCAUCUUCUGCUACAAGUAGCUCCACAGACAGGAGCUGAGGCACCAUAAACAGCCUAACGCAAUAGAUAAGAGACGACACUCUUUUAUGACCAUAGCUGUGAUACCAUCCGCCGGUAGCCCACCAGUGAAAAAUGUGCACAAAAGAACAAAAAAAAAUUGUUUCCUGUCGUGAUUUUUCUUUCAUUUUUAAGAAAAGCAGCCAUCCAUGAUGUGCCCAGUCGUGUCCCAUGUAGCUCGAGUAUAAAUUGACUAGAAACUGUGCAUGUUUUAGUCCUGUUGAAGGUGUGACAGUGUUCAUUUUACCUCUCUACCACUCGCAUAGUCCAAAGUACAACCUGCCCUCCUCCACUGACACCUCCAGUCUUGUACACUCUUUUUUUUGUUCUUUGAGAGUUGGAUCCAAGGAUUUUAUCAGAUUUUUAAUUCCACAGAUGUCCAACACACAUUCCCUCCACUCCAACAGCUGUACAGUGAAGUUAGAGGCUCCUCAAGUCUCCGCCCCAUUGCUGAGAAAGAAUUAUGUCAGAAGCAGGUGAUGCAAACAUGGUGGAGAACAGGGCUGAGACAAGUCUACCUUUGUUAGUCCAGUCCACUUCAGCUCCAAGACUCCAAGAGUACAGCCAAGUUGAAGUCACGACCAGAAUUAAGAAUUGAUGGUUUAUCUAUCCAAAUGGAAAUAUAAUGCAAAGCUUAAAGAGUUAAAUCAUCGACUUUUUUAAGGAGCUCUCUCAGUGCAGACUAGGGAUGUCAACGGUUAAUCGUUAACUGGCGAGAAUAUUUUUGGCUGGUCAUGCAUGUGGAUCUAUAGGAUAAGGCCUCUGCUAUUCAGUUUACUGCAGUGCGCACCACCUGGGUCUGGCGGGAGCUAAAGUAACCAGGGGGUGCUCAGGUGGUGUUUACAGUAGAGUGAGCAUGGCCUAAGGUUAGCUAACCAGUGGAGCAUGGUAAUAUGGAAGAAAAAAAAUGCUAACAUGGAAAAUGAAAUUAAAGACAUUAACAUCACAAAACAUUCAAAUUUCACCCUCUGAAAUGUGGUGCUGAAGCUCACUGAGUGAAUGAAGUGCUGGACUAAAAGGAAAGGCCGCAUGUAUUUUACGUCUUUAGCUUUUAUUUUUUCCAUAGAAGUUAACCAUUUGGUUACUGGUUAAUAGGUGUCGGGCUAUCAAAAGCAAAAUGAACGGAAACUGACAUCCCUAGUCCUGUCCUAGCACUGUCAUACUACGUAUCACAGUCUCACAUUGCCGUCUACCCAAAGCUGGACAUUUCAGUCACUGAGCAGCUCAUUAAAAAUAUUUACAAGAAAAUGUUGUAAACUCAUAAAUCUUUUUGGUGACCCAUAAGGUGAGAAAAACAACAUCAAGUAGGUGCAGAGUAACAAUUUUUUUUAAUUUAUUCUGAACAAGUAUCUCUUCCAUUAAAGUCAGUACAAACUAUGAAAGAUCAAAAAUGGUGCAGGAUGUCUUUUCCACAGAAUCUUUGGUUUCACAUGGUGGGUAUUGACUUGAAUUACAAAGACCUUUGUAGGCCAGGCUAAAUUGUGUUACUUCGCAUCCACCUUCCAGUUUUUCCCCCAUCUUAGAGGUUGCUAAGAAGAUUUCCAAUCUAACAUAAACCCAAUCAAUGCAUGGUAGUUGGCCUAGUAAGACUGACACUUUGCGUACCCAGAUUUCUACAGAUCAAAUAUUGUUUGUAGCACUGUGGAAGAAAAAAAAUCUCAAAAAAAUAUCAAUAGGAGAUCAUUUUUAAUAUUUUUGGUAUGGUAAAGUAUCAUAUGAAAAGCAGCCAAGAAUAAGGUAAGUUAAAGUCAAAGUAGGUGUGAGUCUUAGGGCUCAUUUAUGCUCAAUGUUAGAUCCGGAGACAGAUGGAGCCUUAUGUCCGUACUCUAAGUUGAUUUCGUCCAUAUUUGUGCAUGUUUUCUGAAACUUACGGAUACAGAUGAAACGGAGCAGUACCACUGAAGAUCGUGGGGGCACUGUAGCGUAGUUCAAGCAAGAUCUGACUGUAGGAGCCAAUAAAGACAUUAAAAUAAUGGUGGAAUGGAACAAAUCGGUUAUAUAGUUAAAAGUAUCCUACGUUCAUGUGUCGGGAUAUAUAUAUAUACAUACACUAGCAGCACAGACCACCGCCGUCUACAACACUGCCUCUGUUUAAAGGUACAAUAUUACAGCCUCCUCCUCUGUUGCCUUGUUUGUUGUUGUGUAAAACUUUUGGACCUGCCCCUAGUGCCAUCUAUUGGCUGUAUCUAUGCCAACAUAAAGUAUGAGGGCAGGGAAGUUUACAAUGUUUGAAACGGACCUAUCCAUUUUCGUACAUAAAGGGAGUAUAAAUGAGCCUUAAGAACUGAGAAAGUAGACUUGAGUACUACAGCUUAAUUUCAAUAUUUACUCUGAUGCUACUGUCAAAACACACACUAGUGCCCCCCAAAAAAUGACAAAAUCAGGGCACUGUUGUGCGCUGUAAGAAAACCAGGGAGUGUAGUUCUUCAAUAUAACAUAAGCAGCCACCAUUCCUACGUAUGUGUACAGUUUGUAUGUGUGUGUAGCGGAGCAAAGUUUUGAGAUGUUCUGAGAACAGGUAACUGAAUGCAGACACACAGAUGUCACUGUAUUUGUGCUGUUUAAACCCUCAACCAGCGGCACAGCAGCAACACAACAGGUCUCUGUUUAUGAAUGACAGCUGGUUCCUCUAGUCAAAGGGAUUUCUGCUAACAUGCACAUCAGCAUGUCCGACACUGUACCGACACUCUGUUAACAUGCCACGGUGUGUUUCCUGGUCUGGGCCCACGCUUAUGUUUUUUUAAAGGUAUGAAUGGUUAUUUAUCAGAUUUGUGAUCUUCUAAAGACACAUGCCUGUGGAGAUGUAUCCAUAGUAACUACGUAAAAUACUAUAAACUUAAGUGUUUGUUGUAAAUGUCAUGAGUUGUACAUUUGGAGGAUUGUAACCCAGCAGAUAAUUAAAGAUGAUAGCUGGUGA